UAUAUAUAUAUAUAUAUAUUUAAAUCUUCGACCGACAAGAAACUAAUUACUAAAGCGGGUUAGGCUGUCGAUGAAAAAAGGGAAGCAAGAGAGAGCGUAUUGUCCAGGGAACUGCCAUCUGAUAUGCUGUUAAAGGGUGAUCCGGCCAAAGACGCAUUGUGUACCUUUGGUUACUUUUUAUGUCGGACAGUGUUAGGAAAACAGCUGUUACAUGACUAGUUAAGUUCCCAUUUAUUAAAGGGUGCAUUAGGUCAAACUUGUGUGUUACAGCUAACAUAAGAGGGGGUGACGUUUAGAACUAAAAGACACAUCGUUUACAAAACAGUAAAACUACUGUACAUUUUAGAAUAGGCGUAAAAUUCCAUCCGCAAAUUUUACAAGACUUGGAUACUGCGCAUCAUAGCAAUGUUUCGAAGGCAAAAACAAAAAUCAUAGAACAAGUUUAUUCUACGUCUGCAGUAAAGCAAUUAAAAUAAAGACAAGGACAAAAACACAACCGUGCAGAAUAUAGCUCCAUUGCUAACCCCGCAAUUCGUUCGAUCUCUCAGGCAGCUAUGAAAACACCUCGGUCACUGUUGAGGGACUUUUGUGCUUCACGUCGCACAGCAGGUUGCGAAAGGCCGCCGUUUCUGAAAGCUGUAAUGGGUACUGUAAACUAGUUGAAUUUGUUUUACUGGCUCUGUGCAGUUUUAGUUUUUCUGGUAAAGGCACUUUGAUCCCUUGACUUUUUGUGUGUAAAAAUGGACGACAUAGACGAUGAACCCUUAGAGACUACCGUUCCAGGAGUGGAUUCUAAGAACAGACAUAUGGGAUUUUGCUUUUGUCUUGGAGAACUACUUGUAUUUGAGACUUCAUUCAAAAGGAGAGAUGCAGUGCGCGGUGUAAAGGGGUCAGCGUUACUUCACUUUGUCCACAAGGAUGAUGAAAUUUAUUCGCCUGUCUUGCGCAAGUUAUUUAAUGAAUCACGGAGCAUAUUUGUGGCACUACAGAACAGCAGUGAAGAGGGAACUGUCAAAACAAAGAGACCUCAGUGUGUUCAGGUCAGCAGACAGUAUCGAUCUGUACUCAGAGCUGCUAUGGAAGACAUGAAUCAGUUAGCUGUUUCCACAAGAGAUCCAAACCUGAAGAAUAGGUAUGGCAGUCAGGUCUCGGUCCUCUCAGCAAUGGAACUUAUCUGGAAUCUCUGUGAAGUCCUGUUUAUUGAAAGUGCCACAGCGGGAUCUCUGUUGCACCAUCUCCUUGACUGGGUGCGUUUACAUGUUUGUGAAGUGGACACCAAGGCUUCUGCUGUACUCAACAGUGAAAGCCCUACAGAGCAUCAGGACUAUUGGCAUGUGGUCACUGGAUAUGUUUUACAAGGCCGAAUGGAUGACGCUCGACAGAUGCUUGCUAUGUUUGCAAGAGAGAGUAUUCCAGGAUCUGGCACAAGAAAUUUGUGCAAGACCUUAGAUAGCUUGAUGAAAAAGAUGCCUAUCUUUGUGCCUGGUAGCAAUCAAACACUGACAGAGUUUGAGCUCAAAUGGCAGCAUUGGCGUGAGGAGUGUGACCGGUACCUUCAAGAUGGAACUUUUGCAUCUAACCCCAAACUAGAGAUGAUCUGCAAGAUCCUGCUCGGUGAUGAGGACAGUUUGCUGGAACAAAAGGAGAUUCUUACAACCUGGUACCACUUUAUGAUUUCCCGUCUGCUAUACUCUCAUCCAACUGUGAAACCCACUGAGCUACUUUGCUAUGCCCAGUCUAGUCUGGAUAUUUUUCUGGGAAGAGAGAGCGCUGCUGAAUCUCUGGAUAACAUAUUAAUGGCGGCGUUUGAGCUUGAUGUUCAUCAAGUGAUUAAGGACUGCAGUAUCGCACUUAGUAACUGGUGGUUCGUAGCACAUCUCACUGACCUCCUGUAUCACUGUAAACCUCUUCAGUCCCACAAUUUAAACUUUGGAACCAACAUGCGAGAGUUCCUCCUGCUAGAAUAUGCUUCUGGCCUUUUUUCACAUCAUAGCCUCUGGCAGCUGGCAGUUGACUACUUUGAUUACUGCCAUGAAUUUGGCAAGGUUUACUUGGAACGUCACAUUGAACGAGUUCCUCUUGACACAGAACACAAAGCCUUGAAGGUGCUUCGAAUAUGUGAAAAGAGGCAGAUGACUAUGCAAGUGCAAAGCAUCUGUAAAAUUAUGGCAAUGAAGGCUGUCAGAAACAAACGUCUAGGAUCUGCUCUGUCUUGGAGUAUAAGGGCAAAGGAUGCAGCUUUUGCAACUCUCAUUUCUGACAGGUUUUUGCAGGGCUACUGCAUUAGUGGCAGCUUCUCUGACUUGGAUCUCAUUGACAACCUGGGACCAGCCAUGCUGUUGAGUGACCGUCUCACCUUUUUAGGAAAGUAUCGUGAGUUCCACAGAAUGUAUGGUGAGAAGAAGUUCUUAGAUGCUGCCCGGUUACUGUUGCAACUGAUGACAGCGAAAAUUGCUCCUCAGUCGUUCUGGAUGACACUGCUUACUGACGCACUGCCUCUCCUUGAACAGAAAAAGGUGAUCUUUUCUGCAGGACAGACAUACGAGUUGAUGCGAUGUCUGGAGGACCUUACUCUGGGAAAUCCUGAACAAAGAAAUGAACAUCACAAUAUAGAGCAGGAAGACGAUGUCGAAACAACAAAAGUGGAAAUGCUGAGGCUUGCCCUGGCUCGGAAUCUAGCAAAAGCAAUUGUUCAGGAGGGAACAUUAGAUGGAUCUUGAUGAGAAAUGCUGUUUAACACCACUUGCAUUUUGCAGUCUUAAAAUGUAUAUAUAUGGUAGAAUAACUGUCAAUAAUCAAUACUUUUGCAACUUAAUAAAAUUAUUUUGUUAUGUA